AUGGCGAUGAGCAUGGGUUUCAUGGCAGGAAAAGGACUGUCAACGACCCAGAUGGUGGAUUUGGUAAUGGAUACACUGUAUAUGCGAUUUGCUGAAAAAAAUGUCAAUGAUUUUGAUGGAUUCAAUGUUGGCAUUCUCGAUACCUUCAACACUAUCAACAUGGCCUUACCCGGCAAGCAUUAUGUUGCACCAUCAUAUAAAGAUGUAAAGAACUUGUUCAAGCAAUGGAAAGAAGCGAAAGAGGAAGACAAAAAGAAGAUGUUCAUUGACUUCAUUAAUGAGAAUGUGAAUAUCAACAAAGUGGAUGAAUCUAUGAUAAUCACUGCAAUAGUGGCACCACCAGCAGCCAUGAUGGCUAAAAAAAUAGGAAAAAUAGUGCCUCAACUAGCACUUAUGAAUGUCAUACCAGAUGUUAUAUUUGUUCCCUCGGCUACAAUUUUGGCUAUUAGUGCUACUAAGAUCCUAAGAUUAAUGGUCAAGGGAAAGACAACAUCUGAGGAUGCAAUUGAACAAGAUCCUCAAACUCCAAUUACACCUCCAACUGAACCAGAUCAAACACCAAUCACACCUCCAGCUGAACCAGAUCAAACUCCAAUCACACCUCCAAAUGAACCAGAUCAAACUCCAAUUACACCUCCAGCUGAACCAGAUCAAACACCAGUUACCCCUCCAGCUGAACCAGAUCAAACUCCAAUUACACCUCCGGCUGAACCAGAUCAAACACCAGUUACCCCUGCAGCUGAACCAGAUCAAACUCCAAUUACACCACCAAGUGAACUAAAUCAAACUCCAAUUACACCUCCAACUGAACCAGAUCCUCCAACUACAACUGAACCUACAGAACUAGAUCCUCCAACUACACCUGAACCUAUAGAAGCAGAACACCUACCUCGUCACGUUCACAAGGACAAAACCUUUUGUGCUUUAUGUGACUAUCUAAUUGCUAAAGCAAAGGAAGGAAGAACUAAAGGAAAGCAAGAUCCACCGUCUAAUGCUAUGGCACUGAAGACUCAGAAUUGA